AUGAAAUCAGAUGUGGCGUCUGCUGUCAUCAUCCAGUGCCAUGACAUGCACGGGUGUUUGGAAGUACAGUGCUGCAAAACUUUCCCGCUGGAUGAUGACGAGGGGCAGGAUGACGAGGGGCAGGAUGAGGAGGGGCAGGAUGAGGAGGGGCAGGAUGAGGAGGGGCAGGAUGAGGAGGGGCAGGAUGAGGAGGGGCAGGAUGAGGAGGGGCAGGAUGAGGAGGGGCAGGAUGAGGAGGGGCAGGAUGAGGAGGGGCAGGAUGAGGAGGGGCAGGAUGAGGAGGGGCAGGAUGAGGAGGGGCAGGAUGAGGAGGGGCAGGAUGAGGAGGGGCAGGAUGAGGAGGGGCAGGAUGAGGAGGGGCAGGAAGAGGAGGGGCAGGAAGAGGAGGGGCAGGAAGAGGAGGGGCAGGAAGAGGAGGGGCAGGAAGAGGAGGGGCAGGAAGAGGAGGGGCAGGAAGAGGAGGGGCAGGAAGAGGAGGGGCAGGAAGAGGAGGGGCAGGAAGAGGAGGGGCAGGAAGAGGAGGGGCAGGAAGAGGAGGGGCAGGAAGAGGAGGGGCAGGAAGAGGAGGGGCAGGAAGAGGAGGGGCAGGAAGAGGAGGGGCAGGAAGAGGAGGGGCAGGAAGAGGAGGGGCAGGAAGAGGAGGGGCAGGAAGAGGAGGGGCAGGAAGAGGAGGGGCAGGAAGAGGAGGGGCAGGAAGAGGAGGGGCAGGAAGAGGAGGGGCAGGAAGAGGAGGGGCAGGAAGAGGAGGGGCAGGAAGAGGAGGGGCAGGAAGAGGAGGGUCAGGAAGAGGAGGGUCAGGAAGAGGAGGGUCAGGAAGAGGAGGGUCAGGAAGAGGAGGGUCAGGAAGAGGAGGGUCAGGAAGAGGAGGGUCAGGAAGAGGAGGGUCAGGAAGAGGAGGGUCAGGAAGAGGAGGGUCAGGAAGAGGAGGGUCAGGAAGAGGAGGGUCAGGAAGAGGAGGGUCAGGAAGAGGAGGGUCAGGAAGAGGAGGGUCAGGAAGAGGAGGGUCAGGAAGAGGAGGGUCAGGAAGAGGAGGGUCAGGAAGAGGAGGGUCAGGAAGAGGAGGGUCAGGAAGAGGAGGGUCAGGAAGAGGAGGGUCAGGAAGAGGAGGGUCAGGAAGAGGAGGGUCAGGAAGAGGAGGGUCAGGAAGAGGAGGGUCAGGAAGAGGAGGGUCAGGAAGAGGAGGGUCAGGAAGAGGAGGGUCAGGAAGAGGAGGGGCAGGAAGAGGAGGGGCAGGAAGAGGAGGGGCAGGAAGAGGAGGGGCAGGAAGAGGAGGGGCAGGAAGAGGAGGGGCAGGAAGAGGAGGGGCAGGAAGAGGAGGGGCAGGAAGAGGAGGGGCAGGAAGAGGAGGGGCAGGAAGAGGAGGGGCAGGAAGAGGAGGGGCAGGAAGAGGAGGGGCAGGAAGAGGAGGGGCAGGAAGAGGAGGGGCAGGAAGAGGAGGGGCAGGAAGAGGAGGGGCAGGAAGAGGAGGGGCAGGAAGAGGAGGGGCAGGAAGAGGAGGGGCAGGAAGAGGAGGGGCAGGAAGAGGAGGGGCAGGAAGAGGAGGGGCAGGAAGAGGAGGGGCAGGAAGAGGAGGGGCAGGAAGAGGAGGGGCAGGAAGAGGAGGGGCAGGAAGAGGAGGGGCAGGAAGAGGAGGGGCAGGAAGAGGAGGGGCAGGAAGAGGAGGGGCAGGAAGAGGAGGGGCAGGAAGAGGAGGGGCAGGAAGAGGAGGGGCAGGAAGAGGAGGGGCAGGAAGAGGAGGGGCAGGAAGAGGAGGGGCAGGAAGAGGAGGGGCAGGAAGAGGAGGGGCAGGAUGAGGAGGGGCAGGAUGAGGAGGGGCAGGAUGAGGAGGGGCAGGAUGAGGAGGGGCAGGAUGAGGAGGGGCAGGAUGAGGAGGGGCAGGAUGAGGAGGGGCAGGAUGAGGAGGGGCAGGAUGAGGAGGGGCAGGAUGAGGAGGGGCAGGAUGAGGAGGGGCAGGAUGAGGAGGGGCAGGAUGAGGAGGGGCAGGAUGAGGAGGGGCAGGAUGAGGAGGGGCAGGAUGAGGAGGGGCAGGAUGAGGAGGGGCAGGAUGAGGAGGGGCAGGAUGAGGAGGGGCAGGAUGAGGAGGGGCAGGAUGAGGAGGGGCAGGAUGAGGAGGGGCAGGAUGAGGAGGGGCAGGAUGAGGAGGGGCAGGAUGAGGAGGGGCAGGAUGAGGAGGGGCAGGAUGAGGAGGGGCAGGAUGAGGAGGGGCAGGAUGAGGAGGGGCAGGAUGAGGAGGGGCAGGAUGAGGAGGGGCAGGAUGAGGAGGGGCAGGAUGAGGAGGGGCAGGAUGAGGAGGGGCAGGAUGAGGAGGGGCAGGAUGAGGAGGGGCAGGAUGAGGAGGGGCAGGAUGAGGAGGGGCAGGAUGAGGAGGGGCAGGAUGAGGAGGGGCAGGAUGAGGAGGGGCAGGAUGAGGAGGGGCAGGAUGAGGAGGGGCAGGAUGAGGAGGGGCAGGAUGAGGAGGGGCAGGAUGAGGAGGGGCAGGAUGAGGAGGGGCAGGAUGAGGAGGGGCAGGAUGAGGAGGGGCAGGAUGAGGAGGGGCAGGAUGAGGAGGGGCAGGAUGAGGAGGGGCAGGAUGAGGAGGGGCAGGAUGAGGAGGGGCAGGAUGAGGAGGGGCAGGAUGAGGAGGGGCAGGAUGAGGAGGGGCAGGAUGAGGAGGGGCAGGAUGAGGAGGGGCAGGAUGAGGAGGGGCAGGAUGAGGAGGGGCAGGAUGAGGAGGGGCAGGAUGAGGAGGGGCAGGAUGAGGAGGGGCAGGAUGAGGAGGGGCAGGAUGAGGAGGGGCAGGAUGAGGAGGGGCAGGAUGAGGAGGGGCAGGAUGAGGAGGGGCAGGAUGAGGAGGGGCAGGAUGAGGAGGGGCAGGAUGAGGAGGGGCAGGAUGAGGAGGGGCAGGAUGAGGAGGGGCAGGAUGAGGAGGGGCAGGAUGAGGAGGGGCAGGAUGAGGAGGGGCAGGAUGAGGAGGGGCAGGAUGAGGAGGGGCAGGAUGAGGAGGGGCAGGAUGAGGAGGGGCAGGAUGAGGAGGGGCAGGAUGAGGAGGGGCAGGAUGAGGAGGGGCAGGAUGAGGAGGGGCAGGAUGAGGAGGGGCAGGAUGAGGAGGGGCAGGAUGAGGAGGGGCAGGAUGAGGAGGGGCAGGAUGAGGAGGGGCAGGAUGAGGAGGGGCAGGAUGAGGAGGGGCAGGAUGAGGAGGGGCAGGAUGAGGAGGGGCAGGAUGAGGAGGGGCAGGAUGAGGAGGGGCAGGAUGAGGAGGGGCAGGAUGAGGAGGGGCAGGAUGAGGAGGGGCAGGAUGAGGAGGGGCAGGAUGAGGAGGGGCAGGAUGAGGAGGGGCAGGAUGAGGAGGGGCAGGAUGAGGAGGGGCAGGAUGAGGAGGGGCAGGAUGAGGAGGGGCAGGAUGAGGAGGGGCAGGAUGAGGAGGGGCAGGAUGAGGAGGGGCAGGAUGAGGAGGGGCAGGAUGAGGAGGGGCAGGAUGAGGAGGGGCAGGAUGAGGAGGGGCAGGAUGAGGAGGGGCAGGAUGAGGAGGGGCAGGAUGAGGAGGGGCAGGAUGAGGAGGGGCAGGAUGAGGAGGGGCAGGAUGAGGAGGGGCAGGAUGAGGAGGGGCAGGAUGAGGAGGGGCAGGAUGAGGAGGGGCAGGAUGAGGAGGGGCAGGAUGAGGAGGGGCAGGAUGAGGAGGGGCAGGAUGAGGAGGGGCAGGAUGAGGAGGGGCAGGAUGAGGAGGGGCAGGAUGAGGAGGGGCAGGAUGAGGAGGGGCAGGAUGAGGAGGGGCAGGAUGAGGAGGGGCAGGAUGAGGAGGGGCAGGAUGAGGAGGGGCAGGAUGAGGAGGGGCAGGAUGAGGAGGGGCAGGAUGAGGAGGGGCAGGAUGAGGAGGGGCAGGAUGAGGAGGGGCAGGAUGAGGAGGGGCAGGAUGAGGAGGGGCAGGAUGAGGAGGGGCAGGAUGAGGAGGGGCAGGAUGAGGAGGGGCAGGAUGAGGAGGGGCAGGAUGAGGAGGGGCAGGAUGAGGAGGGGCAGGAUGAGGAGGGGCAGGAUGAGGAGGGGCAGGAUGAGGAGGGGCAGGAUGAGGAGGGGCAGGAUGAGGAGGGGCAGGAUGAGGAGGGGCAGGAUGAGGAGGGGCAGGAUGAGGAGGGGCAGGAUGAGGAGGGGCAGGAUGAGGAGGGGCAGGAUGAGGAGGGGCAGGAUGAGGAGGGGCAGGAUGAGGAGGGGCAGGAUGAGGAGGGGCAGGAUGAGGAGGGGCAGGAUGAGGAGGGGCAGGAUGAGGAGGGGCAGGAUGAGGAGGGGCAGGAUGAGGAGGGGCAGGAUGAGGAGGGGCAGGAUGAGGAGGGGCAGGAUGAGGAGGGGCAGGAUGAGGAGGGGCAGGAUGAGGAGGGGCAGGAUGAGGAGGGGCAGGAUGAGGAGGGGCAGGAUGAGGAGGGGCAGGAUGAGGAGGGGCAGGAUGAGGAGGGGCAGGAUGAGGAGGGGCAGGAUGAGGAGGGGCAGGAUGAGGAGGGGCAGGAUGAGGAGGGGCAGGAUGAGGAGGGGCAGGAUGAGGAACCCGCCGCGCACCCAAAACGGCCCGCCGCGCACCCAAAACGGCCCGCCGCGCACCCAAAACGGCCCGCCGCGCACCCAAAACGGCCCGCCGCGCACCCAAAACGGCCCGCCGCGCACCCAAAACGGCCCGCCGCGCACCCAAAACGGCCCGCCGCGCACCCAAAACGGCCCGCCGCGCACCCAAAACGGCCCGCCGCGCACCCAAAACGGCCCGCCGCGCACCCAAAACGGCCCGCCGCGCACCCAAAACGGCCCGCCGCGCACCCAAAACGGCCCGCCGCGCACCCAAAACGGCCCGCCGCGCACCCAAAACGGCCCGCCGCGCACCCAAAACGGCCCGCCGCGCACCCAAAACGGCCCGCCGCGCACCCAAAACGGCCCGCCGCGCACCCAAAACGGCCCGCCGCGCACCCAAAACGGCCCGCCGCGCACCCAAAACGGCCCGCCGCGCACCCAAAACGGCCCGCCGCGCACCCAAAACGGCCCGCCGCGCACCCAAAACGGCCCGCCGCGCACCCAAAACGGCCCGCCGCGCACCCAAAACGGCCCGCCGCGCACCCAAAACGGCCCGCCGCGCACCCAAAACGGCCCGCCGCGCACCCAAAACGGCCCGCCGCGCACCCAAAACGGCCCGCCGCGCACCCAAAACGGCCCGCCGCGCACCCAAAACGGCCCGCCGCGCACCCAAAACGGCCCGCCGCGCACCCAAAACGGCCCGCCGCGCACCCAAAACGGCCCGCCGCGCACCCAAAACGGCCCGCCGCGCACCCAAAACGGCCCGCCGCGCACCCAAAACGGCCCGCCGCGCACCCAAAACGGCCCGCCGCGCACCCAAAACGGCCCGCCGCGCACCCAAAACGGCCCGCCGCGCACCCAAAACGGCCCGCCGCGCACCCAAAACGGCCCGCCGCGCACCCAAAACGGCCCGCCGCGCACCCAAAACGGCCCGCCGCGCACCCAAAACGGCCCGCCGCGCACCCAAAACGGCCCGCCGCGCACCCAAAACGGCCCGCCGCGCACCCAAAACGGCCCGCCGCGCACCCAAAACGGCCCGCCGCGCACCCAAAACGGCCCGCCGCGCACCCAAAACGGCCCGCCGCGCACCCAAAACGGCCCGCCGCGCACCCAAAACGGCCCGCCGCGCACCCAAAACGGCCCGCCGCGCACCCAAAACGGCCCGCCGCGCACCCAAAACGGGCCAACGGGACAGGGCCAACGGGACAGGGCCAACGGGACAGGGCCAACGGGACAGGGCCAACGGGACAGGGCCAACGGGACAGGGCCAACGGGACAGGGCCAACGGGACAGGGCCAACGGGACAGGGCCAACGGGACAGGGCCAACGGGACAGGGCCAACGGGACAGGGCCAACGGGACAGGGCCAACGGGACAGGGCCAACGGGACAGGGCCAACGGGACAGGGCCAACGGGACAGGGCCAACGGGACAAGGCCAACGGGACAAGGCCAACGGGACAAGGCCAACGGGACAAGGCCAACAGGACAAGGCCAACGGGACAAGGCCAACGGGACAAGGCCAACGGGACAAGGCCAACGGGACAAGGCCAACGGGACAAGGCCAACGGGACAAGGCCAACGGGACAAGGCCAACGGGACAAGGCCAACGGGACAAGGCCAACGGGACAAGGCCAACGGGACAAGGCCAACGGGACAAGGCCAACGGGACAAGGCCAACGGGACAAGGCCAACGGGACAAGGCCAACGGGACAAGGCCAACGGGACAAGGCCAACGGGACAAGGCCAACGGGACAAGGCCAACGGGACAAGGCCAACGGGACAAGGCCAACGGGACAAGGCCAACGGGACAAGGCCAACGGGACAAGGCCAACGGGACAAGGCCAACGGGACAAGGCCAACGGGACAAGGCCAACGGGACAAGGCCAACGGGACAAGGCCAACGGGACAAGGCCAACGGGACAAGGCCAACGGGACAAGGCCAACGGGACAAGGCCAACGGGACAAGGCCAACGGGACAAGGCCAACGGGACAAGGCCAACGGGACAAGGCCAACGGGACAAGGCCAACGGGACAAGGCCAACGGGACAAGGCCAACGGGACAAGGCCAACGGGACAAGGCCAACGGGACAAGGCCAACGGGACAAGGCCAACGGGACAAGGCCAACGGGACAAGGCCAACGGGACAAGGCCAACGGGACAAGGCCAACGGGACAAGGCCAACGGGACAAGGCCAACGGGACAAGGCCAACGGGACAAGGCCAACGGGACAAGGCCAACGGGACAAGGCCAACGGGACAAGGCCAACGGGACAAGGCCAACGGGACAAGGCCAACGGGACAAGGCCAACGGGACAAGGCCAACGGGACAAGGCCAACGGGACAAGGCCAACGGGACAAGGCCAACGGGACAAGGCCAACGGGACAAGGCCAACGGGACAAGGCCAACGGGACAAGGCCAACGGGACAAGGCCAACGGGACAAGGCCAACGGGACAAGGCCAACGGGACAAGGCCAACGGGACAAGGCCAACGGGACAAGGCCAACGGGACAAGGCCAACGGGACAAGGCCAACGGGACAAGGCCAACGGGACAAGGCCAACGGGACAAGGCCAACGGGACAAGGCCAACGGGACAAGGCCAACGGGACAAGGCCAACGGGACAAGGCCAACGGGACAAGGCCAACGGGACAAGGCCAACGGGACAAGGCCAACGGGACAAGGCCAACGGGACAAGGCCAACGGGACAAGGCCUACGGGACAAGGCCAACGGGACAAGGCCAACGGGACAAGGCCAACGGGACAAGGCCAACGGGACAAGGCCAACGGGACAAGGCCAACGGGACAAGGCCAACGGGACAAGGCCAACGGGACAAGGCCAACGGGACAAGGCCAACGGGACAAGGCCAACGGGACAAGGCCAACGGGACAAGGCCAACGGGACAAGGCCAACGGGACAAGGCCAACGGGACAAAACCAACGGGACAAAACCAACGGGACAAAAACAUAUUAA